ACCGCCUCACGAGACCCAAGAGAUCCAUUUGCGGAGUUUCUCUGGACGUUGUUCCGCUUCUUGUUGUCCUUUCGGUGUCUGAGCUGCUUUAACCAACAUGUCUGUCCAGACGAGCCAGAAGACGACGACCCGGACUUACAGGACAGUGAACCUGGCCUCCUCUGAGCCAGUGACCACGGCGGUGUCAUCCGUGUCUCCUGUGACGCAGGUGUCCUCUGUGCCGUACACGGUGAACGGUUCCUACGACACAGUGCGGUACCUGGUUCCGGUGCAGCAGGCCGUGCAGCAGCAGCAGUCCUUCGUCCUGAUGCAGCAGCCCAUGAUGUCUCAGCCCAUGAUGUCUCAGCCCAUGAUGUCUCAGCCCUUGAUGCAGCAGGUGAUGUCCCCGGUGUACCUGCAGACUCUGCCGCGUCUGAGCGUCAGCAGCCAGGACUCCGACGUGGUGUUCCAACAGCAGAGCGCGCUGGAGAGCAUCAGUGGGAAGUCGUCCUCAGUGUUCAGCCAGUCGUCCAGUCCCGUCAAGAGUCCUGCACUCAGUGUCGAGGAAGAGGAGGAAGAAGUGGUGGAAGAAGAAGAGGAGGAAGAGGAGGGUGGAAUGGUGGAGGUUGAGGAGGUGGAGAUAGUCAACGUCAUUCAGCAGAAGUCGCCACCGGUGACGGAGAGGCUCAGCAGGACGGAGCUGAGGGCGGAGCUGAGGGAGGUGCCGGAGCCGACCAAGCUGGACACGCGUUACUUCGGCGAGUUGCUGGCCGACGUCUACAGGAAGAACUGCGACAUCCACUCCUGCAUCUCCGACCAUGUGACCAGGAUCCGCGGGCAGAAACACCAGCUGGAUCUCAGCAAUGACUUUAAGGUGGAGAAAGAUGAGGUGGAGGCUUUGAUUCCCAAAGGAGCCACUGAGCUAACGAAACAACAGAUGCGUUACCUGCUGCAGACCCGUCUGACUGCAGAUAAAAGCAUGCGGAUGCUGCUGUCCACCUUCAGCAGUCUGAGAGAGGAGCUCCUGCAGAUGUCUGAGGACCUGAGGCGUCUGGAGAGCGAGAAGGAGUCUCUGGAGAGAGAUCUGACUUUCAAAGCUGACCAGGCUCGACAGUACGACUCCCUCCUGGAGGCCGUCAGGGACAACAACAGACAGCUGCAGCUGUCUCUGAAGGAAGCCAGCGCCACCCAGCGCUCCAUGGAGAGCCAGCUGAUGAGGAGCCGGAGCACCGACUCCAGCCGCGAGUUCAAGAUCAAGGAGCUGGAGGGAAGAAUGAGAGCGCUGGAGAAGGAGAAUGAGAUGCUACGACAGAAGCUGGCUGGACAGGCCAGCAGUUCCACCCUGCACAUAAAGACAGAGGAGCUGUCACGUCAGUACAACGAGCAGCUCAACGUCAUGAAGCAGGAGAAAGACCAGGAGAUACAGCGGCUGAGGUCCCAGAUCACUAAGAUCCAGACGGAGGUCAGCAGCACCCAGUCGUCCUCAGACCAGAGUCUUCAGUUGAGGAUCUCUGAGCUGCUGUCCAUGUUGGAGCAGCGGCAGACCACCAUCACCCGACAAGAGGAGGAAAUCAGGAAACUGAUGCAGGAGAGGAGCGACAGCUCCAAGAACGUCACCAAGACCAUCAUCACCAAGAGGUACCGGAACCAGUACCCCAUCCUCGGCCUGCUCAGUGACGACUAUCAGGUCACCUCCCCAGUCAAAGAAGCAAAAACCAUCGUCAUCGAGAGAACCGGAGAGAUGAUUAAACAGGAAAUCAUUACAACACCUUAAAGACACACUGCUUCUCUCCGACAGGAAUGAGCGAACCACAAGAAGACCCUGAUGUCCCCCAUCACCUCCCCCCUGCAUGCUCCUCCCCCUCCCCUCAGGCCUCAGGGUUGGUGGUGGUUAAACCCCUCCCCCUUCCCCCAUCCCCUUCUUUACCCCUAAAUUUGGGACCUUUGGUUCAUCUAAAUUGAGUUUGUUUGGGGUGUCCAGUAGUUUAGUUUGGGCUGUUUGUUCUGGUUUCAUAAAAAGGGCAGAAACAAUCUGAUAAUCAGAGCAUUUGACUUCAGCCAGUGUUGGAUUGAAGGUCCUGACGGCUGGGAGCUGGGUGACAUUUUAGGUUCUGAUAAAUUCAGGAAUCUGGAUGCUGUUUGUGUCAGUAACUAAAUGUCACCAGAUCACUGAAUUCUCUGAUAUACUGCAAAACGAUCCUCUGAUACUUCACACUGUGUGUCUAAAAAUAUUCAUCCCCUCACUUUUAAUUGGAAGAAUUUUACCAGAAGAACACCAGUCAGUAUCACAGGAGAUCGUUGUGUGUUAUAUUUGCUGCAUGAAUGAACUGUCCCAUCUUUUCUGAGAAGGUCAGCUGAUCAGAUUCAGAAAGUUUGACUUUGGCUCCUCGUGGAUGUUGUCUUCCAAUCUGAGUGCAUGAAAACGGCUUCUGAUCAACAGUUUCCUGCAGUCCAGUGCAACAACAUAAGAAGCACCCGCAUGUGAUGGAGUCCAGAUGAAUUAAAUCAGACCAUGUCAGCCAGAUUGAAGAUCUAUAAAUUUUUUUAUUUAUAGCUGAUAAGUUGAAUGGGGAUAUAUAGGAGUUUACAGGUGUGUCUAAUAAUGCAUUGUCUGAUGAUGCUGCUUUGAAAUGAGGUUGUGUUCCCACCUGCCAUUACAACACGUCUCUGGAGCGGAUUCUGUUCACAAAGAUAUGAUGUAAGAAGUGACCUGUUACCGGCCAGUUUGAGUCCAGAUUUGGAGCCGACUCGGCGCCUCAGACACUGCAGACAUCAGUCACAGGAGUUGUUUUUCGCUGGCGGGAGGACCAUUGGUUCAGUAGGUUUCUCUCAGUUUAUUCCAGGACAUGUUCACGUUCAUGCUUAGAACAGAAUGUGACCGCAUGUGGCCCAGACAAGACUUGGUUAAAUCAAAUCAAACUUUAUUUAUAAAGUUUUUUUCCUACAAAAGCAGCACAGAGUGCUUUACGCCAUAAAACUAAUUUUGAAUAUAUACAAAACCUUCACACACUCAAGUAUAAAACAUCAAAGUUCAAUCUUUCUCACACACACAUCAUAACACACCCACACAGCGCACGCAUACAACCCCCCACACCUUUUAGUACAAACAUAAACUCUGACUUCUAGUUUCUGUCUUUUUAACUGAAACAUCAACAUAAAAACAAAACAUGAAAUAAUAACCUGAGGUGAGGAAACGAGUUCGAGUUAACAAAGUAGGCUUUGUAGGCUGCAGUCAGUAACUGGAAACUAGAGAGAAAAAGAAAUUAAACAGACUUAGUAGUCUGUCAUUAUUCUUUCAUGUCAGUAAAUCUUGGCAAAGAGUUCUUUGGAAAUAUUUCCUGUGUCUGAGCUUAUCAACAGUGUUUUUAUCCCGUUAUACACAUUAAUGCCAGGGAUGAACAGUAGACCUCAGUUCAGUUUGCUCUAUUUUGAGCUAAAUCUAUUCAGUAAAAGAAGAUGAGAUCUCUGUCCAGUUUCCAGUUAGUAGUCGUGCGAACACUCACUGAAGGGAAGACAAUAUGCUGCCACGGAGCCGAAUGUCAAACCAAAAAGCAAAGUCUCAGCUUCCAGCUGUCACUGAUCAGAAGAAUCCUAAACUGGUGCCAUGUAGGGAGAGAAUCUCCUAAAGCCACCACUGCCAUGCUUGCCCAGGGGACGAGGAAGUGGAUGCUCCACUAUGAUCCUUCCAUGCAUGUAAAUAUGUCUGUAUAUUAGCACAGCAGGCAUGCUCAGUGAAUGCUGUCUCCAGAGUGGAGCAGCCCUCCUGUCAUGUUCUGAUGAACAUUUGGAUAAAUGUUCUGAUCAGGUAGUUUGCUUUGUUCUUGUUUGGUUCUAAGUUAACAUGUUUUUGUUUUAGUCUGAGGUCCUGUUGAGUCAGAGGUGCAUGAGCUCAUGUGCAGAUUUGAUCUUGGCUGUAUAUGAAAGUGGGAUGUGGGUCAUGGUUGGAAAUGUUAGCUUGUUCUGACUCCCACAGGUGUGCGACAUUGCUAUUGGUGGGAUAGUGUUAGAGGUGAAUGAAGCAUGAUUUAAUGGGGAUUUAUGAUGGUGGAAGAACAUUUUUAAAGCACAAUGUUAUAUAAACUGUACAUGGAGUAUAUAUUUUUUUUAGUCUCCCUGGUUUUCUUUGUUGAGUUUUCUGAUGUAAGUAAGCAUGUUGAAGGCUUUGUGUUCACUGGGUGGAGGUCUGGAAGGUGCUGCAGCCAUCCAUCCAUCCAUUCAUUCAUCCAACCAUCCAUCUAUUCAUCUGUUGCCUAAACUUACUUAAUCCAAUGCAGGGUCGUGGGUGACUGAAAUCUGCCCCAGCUGCUGUCAGGCAAGAACCAGGGGUCCUCCCUGGACAGAUCUCCCGUCCACCACAUGCUGCAGCACCUUUCAUUAUUUCACUCAUCUUCAUCAGCUGGUUUUCAGCUCACAGAAAACACUUAAACUGCUGAUUUAUCUCUUACGUCAAGCUGAAUAUGCAGCCAUAAUUACAGACAGCAAGCUUUUAUUACCAUAAACAAUUUAUUCCUGUUUUGUCUCUUAAACUGGCCUCAUCUAAACUUUGCAAUAAAGAUGCAUAUUGUAACUAAAUGUGUAUAUACUUCAGCCACAACAUUAAAACCACAGGAUUUGGGUUAUUUCCUCAGGAAUACCCUGCAGAAUGUCACUAUUAAACAAGAUGUCAGAGUUUCCACCUGUCAGAGGUUUUCAUGCUGUUAUUUCUGCAGGUUCAGUUCGACCUGACGUUUGUCCGCCUACUGCAGCUACUUUAUAUACGUUCUCAGCUCUUAUUUGCUCCAAUAUUCAGGCUUCUCAUACGUUUUAUGUCGGGGUUUAUGGAUUAAGGUGAGCAUCAUAAAUACAAAUGUGUUUUACCCUUUUUAGUUUUUUAAAGUCUUUACUUGUUCUGCUGUAUUUUAUGCUGUUCAGCCUGUUGACAGGUCUUCUAAACUUUUCUAAAGCAGUUGAGAUGCCAGUUAAAUGUAAAUAACUACAGGAUAUAAUGACUAACAAAUCAUUUUAUCAUUUUAAUUCUGCUAAAACAAAACAUCUGGUCCAGAAUCAUUCAUUCAUUUUCUAUACUGCUUAUUUCAAUACAGGGUCCAGAAUCUCACAAAUUAAUUGGCUACCUAGUCAGUAACUGGGAUAUAGAAGCAGCAUUCAAUGAAUAAUAAUAUCAAUUUUAAUGUUUCUAAAGCUAAAUCAAACAACGAAAAUGGUUAAAAUCAGGAUUUUAUCAGAAAAUUCAGAUAAUCCAGAGAAAUCUGCAAAACAAACAGACUUUAAAAACAGAUUCAGUGAUUUGGUGGAAGUCUGUAAAGGCUCAGAAAUAUUGUACUUUGUACUUAUACUGUAACUAGUAACAUGACAAAAAAAGGAAAAAAAAAGAAACUUAAAGUUAAAACUCUUUACCUUUUGUUGUCCACUUCUGACUUUUUAAAUCAAUAUUUUAAAAUUCAUUUUGUGAUUUAAAAAUGAUGAUGUGAUGCUCGCUUUGCAUCGGGUUUUAAUAGUUAAAGUAAACGUGUUGCAUCAUAAGAUAAAAACUUCACCAUGAAAAAAAAACCCAACCAUCUUGUGAUCUGUCAAAACUAGGUUUAAAUAGUUUCUUGCAAAUCCUUGAUGCUGCAUUCUUCAGUUUGAAGAGCAAAGAUCCAGCUGGUUAUCAGCACACAGCAGCAUGAUGGUAUGAGGCAUUGUUAAUGUGCACACCAUUGACACCUUGCACAUAUAUACAUAAAAUAACUGAUUUGAGAAAUGUUUUAAAGUGAUUUUUAUGAAAAUAGGAUUUUUCUAAAGCUGUUGCUGCAGUUUUGAACAUCUUUAAAAGCCCAAAGCCUCAUGCAGUGUUUGCUUUGCUGCCAGGUUUUUAGAAUUAGAAAUAUUUUCCUACAUUCUUUUAAACGCCCAGUGGACACACAGCCACAUUCCUGCUGCAAUUACGUAAAAUGAUUUUGACAUUAUUGGAUAUUAUUGCCUUCAUUGUAUUUGCCAUGUUAGCAAGCUAAUGCAAGUCUAGCGUCACUGCUGGUCCAGUGUUAGCUUGUUGUCAUGCUAACUUUGAGAAGACCAAACCCUGCUUUUCAUUUCCACCAGAGAAAAAUUAAAUGUUCAGCCAAAUGAACUGGUUGUAGCUAACAUGCAAACAGUUAUACAAUGUCUAAAUAUAUUUUCGUAUGAAAACUGAUUUAUUUUUAUGGAGGACUGAGGCAGCAAGCCUGGCUAUGCCGUCUCAGUCCUCUCAAGUGAGAGAUGUUGCAGCUGAGAUUCGAUGGUGAUUAAAACCAUAAUAUUUCUU